CAGGAUAUCUGGAUAUCUUUGAGGUACGUCUCAUUGCGCUCUUGUAUGUUUUCUUUUUUCAUAUUUAGCAUGUACAGUCGCUCCAUAAGCCGUUUAGGCAUCGCUAUGGAUGUGGCCAUGGUAUGUUCUAUUCCAUAUAUGCGUGUAUUUCUGAGCUCGCUAAGCCAAAUCUUAUACAGGUCUCGCUUGUCACCAUUCCAGCUGGCUUCGACUUUGCAGUCUAUUUCGAUACGUUUAUCUUCACGUUGCGAAAUGCGGUUGGGGUAUCCGAGCAGGACAGGGCUAGCCGUGGGCAGAACGGAAAGGGUUAUGCUACUUAGCGUAUGUAGUAGCGAUGUGGUUCUAUACAUAUUAAUAGCAAAGAAAUCGAGCCCUACGAAGCCUAACGGAACCCUAUGGUAGCGACAUACCGAGCUCGAAACAGCUCGAUUUGAG